AGCCGAUCUCUCCUUCUCCCACCCACCCACCCACAACCUCACGAAAACCGACUGACCCGCCUUCACUCUCACGAACACCGACAUUGGCUCGGCAAUGGAGUAGCAGUAGCUUCGACUGAGACGCACUCAAUACCAGACGCUAUCCAAAGCAUCUCUUUCCUUUCUCCUCCCUAUGUCUUCCCCGAACUUCCAUGCCCUAAUAAUCCCCUUAUUAUGUACAUAUUUUGUUAAAUUUCCAACACCAAGCCCUGGCUUUCUUUUCCCAACCCCAGUUUCUCCCUAAAUUUCGAUACUUGUAACUAGGGCUACUUCACCGCACUGCACUUCCUCAUUUGCGUUUUCCUGGUCUUUUGUUGUAUACGAGUACAUCAAUAUUCACUGCAAUGGCGAUUAUUGGGGACGCGCUUCGUCAGGCGUUUAUGCAGAAGCCGGAGUACGAAAGCCUCAAGGAAGAAGACAGAGCAUUGGGCAAACUUCAGCGACCUUUCUUGGUAGCUUUCAUGGCUGUAGUUUGUCUCGUCGUUGUGGUAUGCGUGAUUAUUACGUUGAGGAUGGUUUUUCCGGCUGACCCUGGGAGCAGACCAUUCUGCGGUGACCGGGGGCUUCAGCCACUUCCGAUCAACGUUAAAGGAGGGGAUUCUGAUCUCUUUCCGCAUUCUUUUUAUCUUACGGAUCAGGAAACUGUGGAUUAUUUCUGGAUGGUUUGCUUCGUUCCUACUAUGAUCACUUUCUUGCUAACUGUUGUGUAUCUGAUAGCGGGCAUUACCGUUGCUUAUUCUUCUCCAAUGAGACAUAUUUGCUUAAAGGUCGUUGAAAAUAGCUAUUGUGCUUCAAAACGAGGUGGGGUCCGCUGUUUGUCCAUUUUAAAUGCUAUUUUUGCAAUUGUGUUUGGUCUUCUUGCUUUGUUUUUUGGUUCAAGCCUCUUGACACUGGGGAAUAAUUGCUCCAAACCCCUCUUUUGGUGCUAUGAGUUUGCAUCUUGGGGUUUGGUUAUUCUGUACGGGGGAACUGCUUUUUUCCUGAGAAGGAAAGCAGCCAAUCUCGACAAUGGAGAUUCCAGUCAAAACCAUGGGCUUGAGAUGUUCGUAGCCAACCCCUUGGAAGUCACACCAGGUGUUGAAAGACGGAUUAGCGAAGGUUUUAAGGCAUGGAUGGGGUCAUCCUACUUAUCCUCUGACGAGGAAGAUGAACCUGACCAUGAGGUGUCUCCCUUAACACGUACCAACUCAAACAGGCAGACAGUCUAAACCUUGACUGGCCUCAGCUUUGGAUGAGAAAGUUAAGGAUUUUUUCUUUUCUUUUGAUAAAGCAAAAUGUGCAUAUAUUUACAAUUGCUUGUUGUUCUUUUGUGGUAAUCAUUUGUAGUUUCCAAAUAAUUUCAAAUAGCGAUUCUACAUUUUUGACUGGAGGGAUGAAAUGCAAGUCGCUUUUGUGUGUUUCAUCAUGAGCUUGUAUUCAAUAAAUUCCUCAAAAAAUAUUAGAACAUCCCAGUUAAGGUUAAAUAGAAA